AUGUAUAUUGUGCGAGGCUUGUCCAUUGAAGAUCUACUUCAGAAGAUUCGUCAGAAGUUGAAGUUGCAACAAAAUCAGGUAAUUUCUUCAAUAACGGGUAGAGUCCCAAGUGAAAAUCGCAAAUAUGCAGGUUUUGAUCUAACUGAUGAUGAGGACAUUGAUAUUUUUCUUGGAACAUUUGUCCAAAACUCUACUACUUCUCAAUUUGUUGAGUUAUACGUGGAUAUUGAGACAUCAGACGAAAUGUCAACACCGACACGUGGGUUAGACCUUAACAGUCAGACACAAAUGCCGUCAUCAUCGAUACCCCAACCCACACAAUCAACUAUUGCGCAUGGAGAUGAAAGCGACUAUAUGGUAGAUGUUGAACCUGACAAUGAAGAGGAGGAGGAGGAGGAAGACACUCUAUUGGCAAAUGACCAUGAUCAGAAUGAUAGUGAUGGAGGAGAUGAUGAACAUCAUGAUAAUCCCAUAACACAAGAGACAGUUAUCCCUGCGUCCAAUAAUGCGGUUAUUCCACCAACAUCAGAUGUGACACCAUUUUGGGAUGACAUCCCACACUAUGAGGCUGUUAAUUUGGAUUAUCCGAACAAAGACAUACUGGAUGUUGAAGGCUUAGGUCGUGGUCAGUGGACAAGAGGAGACGAAAUGUAUGUGAAACAAGAGUUCCGGUUGAAGAGCGAUGUGCAAGCCGCUAUAAAACAUUACUGCAUGAAUGAGCAUCAAAAAGCUGUAGUGGUUGAGAGUACUACCACGAAGUUGUCUAUGAAAUAUCGUAAGCAUGAAGAAGGCUGCAAUUGGCGAGUAAGGGCAAUUAAACCGAAGAAUAGCAACAGCUGGGUAGUCACUAAAUGGGGUGGAAAACAUUCUUGUGUCAGCACAACCCUUUCGCAAGAUAACAAACAACUUGAUUCACAAUUUAUAUCUGAGGCCAUUCUAGACAUGGUGAAGGCUUCGCCGUCGGUGGCCGUUAUCUUGAUACAAGAACGAGUUACUGCCCUUUUUGGAUAUAAUGUUUCUUAUAGGAAGGCGUGGAAGGGAAAGCAGAAAGCAAUUGCUAAGAUUUACGGUGAUUGGGACGAGUCAUACGCGUUCUUGCCAAGAUGGUUCGCGCACAUGUUGAAUUUUUCUCCGGGGUCUGUUUACCAUAUUCAACAUGGAUCGUGUGUCAUGAAUGGACAAGUUAUUACUGGGUCUAGGGUUUUUCAACGUGUUUUUUGGACUUUCGGUCAAUGUCGGGAGGCGUUUAAAUGGUGUAAACCAGUCAUACAGGUCGAUGGUACGCAUUUGUACGGUAAAUACAAAGGGACAUUAUUGAUCGCCACAGCGCAAGAUGGCAACAAUGAGGUAUUGCCAAUCGCAUUUGCGGUCGUUGAAAGUGAAACUAAAGAUGCAUGGGAAUAUUUUUUGGCAUCCAUCCAAAUGCAUGAUAUGUUGCAAAUAAAGACUACUUUGAUGCCGCGUAUGCCGAGUUCUGCAGCAUUAGUCCAGAAGUCGCUGCGUGGAUUGAGGCUGUUCCAAAAGAGAAAUGGACUCAGAGUUACGACGAGGGUGGACGAAGAUAUGGUCACAUGA